GUCGAGAAGCGUGGAUUGUGUAGAUCUGAUAGUUUCCCAUGCUGUUUAAGGUACCUUUUCACGGUGGAUUAUUUACCGCCAGCCGCGAUAUCUAUCCAAUGAUUCCAAUCCAUAUCCUAGCUUCACGCCGUUAGUGGCCUCCUCCGCAAACUUCCGUAGUGAUAGGGCCCGUGUGUGCGUAUCUAGCCUCCACUCUCUGUGGUGGAACGUCCCUAUCCAUUAUUAUAAAGUUGACGGUCCCCACGCGAGUCAAGUCACUGUCGCAGUGUCGCUUGUCCCAGGCAGAGAGGGAAGAUGGCUGCAGCUCGUACAGAGGGCCAAGCAGGCGUCUUGGACGGCGGAGUUAGGUCCAGCCACGACGGGGCAGCAGACACGAAAUAUACUUCUGGAAUGGUUGAUCUCGAGGAGAAACGAGACCUCAACAUAUCGCUCGAGCACAGAGAAUACAUACUGCAGCGUCAUGGGACAUUGGAGCUCAGCCCAUUCCCGUCGGCCUCUGCGGCGGAUCCUCUCAAUUGGCCGAGUUGGAAGAAACACAUGAACCUGAGUCUGGUCGCGUUCCAUGCGCUGAUAACAACCUUCAUCGCCUCCGGCGUCAUUCCGGCCUAUCAAUCGUUCGCUGAGAUGUUUCAUGUCUCCCUGCAAGAUGCCUCGUAUUACACGUCUGUGCAGAUCUUGUUUCUGGGAGUCUCGCCCUUGGUCUGGAAGCCCAUAUCUAACCGUUUUGGCCGGCGACCGGUAUGGCUCAUUUCAACUUUAUGUGCGGCCAUAUGCAAUAUCGGAUGCGCGGAGAGUAAGAGCUAUGGAUCGAUGAUGGCUUGUCGCAUCCUGGUGGCUAUCUUUAUCAGCCCGCCAAUCGGUAUUGGCUCAGCAGUGGUGACGGAAAUGUUCUUCCAGCAUGAGCGUGGCCAGAAGAUGGGUAUUUGGACGCUGCUGGUCACCCUAGGACCUCCCACUGGGCCAUUUAUCAUGGGUUUCGUGACGUAUCACGUCGGGUGGAAAUGGGUCUACUGGAUCUUCGCCAUUGUUAACGCUGUCCAGUUCUUCGGAUACUUAUUCUUCAGUCCUGAAACCAGAUACGUUCGAGAGAGCACGCCGGGUGUCAGCACCUUCAAGGCGGAAUACCUCCAGUUCCGACGAAUCGAUCCCACCCCGUUGUCGCUGGCUGAUUUCUACCAGCCACUGCUCUUUGCGCGCUACAGCGACGUUCUCAUACCGACCAUCAGCCAUGCGGUUGUGUUUGCGUUUGCAUGCGUCCUUGGGACGGUCGAGAUCCCGCAGCUUUUCCAGGAGAAAUUCCAGUUCAACCCGCAGCAGAUCGGGCUGCAGUUUCUGGGGAUUAUCAUUGGAACAGUGAUCGGCGAACAAUUCGGCGGGCCAUUCUCCGAUUUCUGGAUGAAUCGCCGCACGAAGCAGCUGCAAGGACGACGGCCGCAUUCCGAGUAUCGUCUCUGGAGUUCAUACCUGGGCUUUAUCUGUGUUAUUGUGGGGAUGGUUGUAUUCUGCGUUCAGAUCGACCGGGCAGUGCCGAUGCAUUGGGACGUGACUCCUCUUAUCGGUAUUGGAAUUGCAGCAUUUGGGAACCAGGUCACCACCACUGUUUUAAUUACAUACGCCAUCGACUGCCAUCCACAACACUCUGCAUCUGUCGGGGUCUUUAUCACACUUAUUCGCCAAAUAUGGGGUUUUAUCGGCCCCUUCUGGUUCCCGGAUAUGUUUACGAAUCUGGGACUGAGAGGUUCCGCCGGUCUGAUUGCUGGUCUCGUGGCCGUUGUCAGCGUGUUGCCGAUCAUGCUGUUGCAAUGGAAGGGUGCCAGUAGGCGGAAGCGUAGGGCUACGCCAUAAGUUAUGAUAAUAAAUAAUGAUAUCCUCUUUCCUAG